AUGUUUUGUCAUCGUCCAAUCGUGCGUUCGUUUACUUUAAAAGCCGAGUAUGAAAAUCUUUGCACGGAAGUACGUGGCAAAGUUGCAAUCAUUACACUACAUCGUCCCAAAGCAUUAAAUGCUCUCUGUAGUCCCUUGAUUGAAGAAUUAAAUGGUGCUGCCCAUGCAUUUGAUACAAAUGAUAAUAUUGGUGCAAUGAUUAUUACUGGAAGUGACAAAGCAUUUGCAGCUGGGGCAGAUAUUAAAGAAAUGGCCACCAAGAGUUUUGUAGAUGUCUAUCGUAGUAAUUUAUUUGCCAAUUGGGGAGAGAUUACAAACAUAUCAAAGCCUGUGAUUGCGGCGGUGAAUGGAUACGCUCUUGGUGGUGGAUGUGAGCUAGCAAUGCUCUGUGAUUUGAUUAUUGCGGGUGAUACGGCGAAAUUUGGGCAACCAGAGAUUACAUUGGGGACAAUUCCAGGCUGUGGUGGUACUCAACGACUUAUUCGAGCCGUCGGGAAAGCAAAAGCCAUGGAAAUGAUACUAACGGGUAACAUGAUUGACGCUCAACAGGCUGAACGUGAUGGACUCGUGGCUCGGGUCGUACCAGCUGAUCAAUUACUGGAUGAAGCACUGAAGACGGCUAAUAAGAUUGCCGAGUUCUCGCAACCAGUCGUUAAAAUGGCCAAGGAGGCUGUAAAUGCUGCCUAUGAACAGUCAUUGCAGGAAGGACUCAAGUACGAGAGCCGUCUCUUUUGGAGCUCUUUUGCCACAAAGGAUCAGAAAGAAGGCAUGGCUGCUUUUGUGGAGAAACGUAAGGCUGACUUUAAGAACGAGUAG